AUGGCCACCGAAAACAUCACAACUUCCCUGCCGACACGGCCAGCCAAGCAGAGCAAUACCCACCCACUCGCCCCCAUCAGCGCAGACGAGAUCAAGAAUGCUGUGUCCAUUAUCAAAAGCCAAUGGCCGGCCGACACGGACUUGCACUUCAAAGCCCUGACGCUGCAUGAACCGGCGAAGGCUGAGGCUGUUCCUUAUAUCGAGGCGGAAUUCCAUGGUGGGGAGUUGCCGCGGAUUGAGCGGAGGGUGUUUGUUACUUAUUACCUGCGGCAGACGGACAAGUUCCACGAAGCGGUCGUCAAUCUCACGAACCAGAGCAUCGAGUACAACGUCCGGCUUGGACCGAACGUCCACGCUCCGCUGGAUGGAGAGGAGAUUAUGGAAUUUGAGCGGAUAGCGAUUGAGGAUCCGAAGGUGCAGACGGAGUUGGAGAAGCUGCAGUUGCCGGAGGGGAGUAGGGUUGUUUGUGAUCCGUGGAUUUAUGGUUCCGACGGGAUCGACGACGACAAACGCAUGCUGCAAGCCUUCCUCUACAUGCGCGAUCCUCAGAAUGCUGGAGAGGCUGACUCGAACCAUUACGCGCUGCCUUUGAGCGUUUCUCCUGUCAUCAGCACGGAGACUAAGGAAGUGAUUCGGAUCGAUUACUUGCCGACUGGGAAAGACAGCAAUAGAUCCGGACCCCAGCCGUGGCAACCGAAGCCAUCGAACGAGUAUUUACCAGAAUACCAGGAGCUGCGCAAAGACCUGAAGCCCCUCAACGUCAUGCAACCCGAAGGCGCCAGCUUCUCCAUCACCGAGCAAGGCACAUCAAACAUCGUCAACUGGCAAAAAUGGCAGUUCCGACUCGGCUUCAACCAACGCGAAGGCAUGGUCCUAUACGACGUUCGCUACGAAGGCCGCAACCUCUUCUACCGCAUGGCCCUCUCCGACAUGAACAUCCCGUACGCCGACCCUCGCCAACCGUUCUUGAGGAAGUCUGCGUUCGAUCUUGGGGAUGCUGGGGCGGGGAUCAUGGCUAAUGAUCUCAAACUCGGAUGUGACUGCUUGGGAUCGAUCCAUUAUCUUUCCGCGACGCUGGCAGACGACAAAGGCAACCCCCUCGACAUGCCCAACGUCGUCUGCAUCCACGAACAAGACUCCGGUAUCGGAUGGAAGCACACCAACUUCCGCACCGGCCGCGCCGCCGUCGUCCGCAACCGCGAACUCGUGCUCCAAUCCAUCAUCACCGUUGCCAACUACGAGUACAUCCUCGCCUUCACAUUCAACCAAGCAGGCGAAGUCAGCUACGAAGUCCGCGCCACCGGCAUUCUCUCCACGCAACCCAUCGACGAAGGCGUUGAGGUACCAUGGGGAACCGUCGUCCACCCGGGGGUCCUGGCGACGCACCAUCAACACAUCUUCUCCCUGCGCGUGGACCCGAGCAUCGACGGGCACUCCAACCGGCUGGUCUACGACGAAGCGCUGCCGAUGCCGCGGAGCGACUUCAAUCCGCACGGUACGGGGUACUACGUGCAAGAAACCGUUGUGGAGAAAUCAGGCGGCUACGACCUCAACCCCGACGCGAACCGCACGUUCAAGAUCCAAAACGCGGGCGUGCCAAACCCGAUCAACGGCAAACCCGUCGCAUACAAAAUCCACGCCCCGCCUUUCCAGAAGAUGCUCGCGGACAAGGAGAGUUUCAACUACAAGCGUGCGGAAUUUGCGGAUCGGAAUGUGUAUGCUGUGAAAUAUCGGGAUGGGGAGUUGUAUGCUGGGGGACAGUAUACGAACCAGUCGCGCGGAGGGACGGGGGUGAGGAGUUGGGCGGAGAGGGGGGAGGGGAUUGUGGAUGAGGAUUUGGUGGUGUUUGUGCAGUUUGGGAUCAAUCAUAUCCCUCGCAUCGAGGACUUCCCCGUCAUGCCCUGCGAGAUUGUGAAAGUGGCAAUGAAGCCGGUCAACUUCUUCGAUCGCAACCCUGCUAUUGACGUCCCGCCGUCGACGCAGGAGUUUAAUAAGAGCACGUUGCUUUCGGAGAGACACCAGCAAGGCGGUGUGGAAGGCAAGGUUGAUGGGAACGGUGAUGUUUGCUGUACUACUACGAGCAGUAAGCUGUGA